CUAGCCUGCGAACCAGCAGCAGUUUAGUACACUGAUAGUUUCCUCCACGAGAACUUUGUCAUGCGUUGAAUUCAAAAAAAAAAAAAAAAAAGAAAAAAAAUCUGUCACUAAAUUUCAUAAGGAAAUAUCCAAAUUGUUCGAAUGAUAAAAAUUAUCCCUAAAAUGAUGAAUAUCAUCAGUGUUUUAUGUGAAGUUUAAGUUUACCGCGCGGUUAAUAUUAAAAAAAAAAAAAAAAAAAAUCAGUACCUUUAUUUGCUGGGGCAUAAGGUUACCAAAAAAAAAAUUUUUUUUUUUUUCUCCUAAAAACAAGUGUUCAGUGCUGUGGUGAUAAAUAUCAAUGAAUGUGUAGUGGUUUUGUGCAAUGAGAGAUACCGCUGGCCUAUUUACAGGAACUGACAACCAAUGUACCAACCAGGGUGUAUGUUGGACAGUACGGCGUCACGAGGACCACCCAACGUACCCCCCCGAAAUCCAACAAUGAGCCGUCUAAAUGGGAGGUUACCAGGAAAUCAAACUACCAGUGAUCAUGAACGUGAUCCUGAUUUAGAACCAUCUUGCUUGAUUCGCUCACCAUCUGGAAAUUUCUACAACAUACCAAAUAUACCAAAAAAUGAGUACAAUAAAAAUCAAUCGACUGGCAAUAGUCCAAUAAAGGUUGAGCUUCAAAAUAACAUGGACAGGGUAUCUUUACCAGGUUACGUUCAUGCUCCAUCAAUGAUACCUAUGCAACGGAGGCAAAGUCUACGAUGUCAGUUUCGAAAAGGAAUAAAAUGGUGCAGUUGGAAGCUAAUUGCAAUAGUUGUCAUAAUGGUUUCCCUUUGUCUUACGGCGGCACUUACAUAUGUAGCAGCUUCAAACAUAGUAAAUUGGUCCUAUCAAGGUACAAAGGCGUGCACCGUCUUGGUAGGUGAUAAUUCAGAAUCAAAAUCGAUGUCCUCAGAAACGAAUAAAACUACAUCAACUUCAUCGACAUCGUUAAGUAAAACGAAGCAGCAGUCUUCGACCUCCGGAGGUAUGAGUUCCUUUAAUGGUAAUCUUGUAGACCCUAUCAUUCUUCGUAAGCGUAGAGACACUUUUAACCAGCAUGACUCACACCAAGCAGUUGUUCCAUCUGAGUCUAAGGUCAAUUUUGGAAAACCAUACGUUCAAUUGGAACAGCUAAAUGAUUUGCAUGAAGAUUAUUUGGAUAAGGUUGUGCAUGAUAAUGCGGGACGAUUUACUAAAGUUAAUAAAAUUAAUGAAAUUCAUCAUAAUUCAAUGAAGAAAACAAAAUUUAAAUCAACAAAUAAAUUAUCAAGAAGAUCAAUUGUUUUUCCAAAUAUUUUAAGCAACACUUUUACUGAUUCUAGUUACAAUAAUUUUUUAAGCUCACCUUCACCUUCCACCACGUUUAAUCUCCCAUUAAAUAGUUUGCAACAUCACAAAACUUUGUCGUCUGUAGAAUUAGUUACUGUUGCUUCCACAAAAUCACCAGAAUUGAAAGAUGAUUUAGAGGCGACAGCAUUAAUGAAAGACAUGUUCACCAAGAAAAUGCUCGACUUAGAAGACAAUAAAAAUAAGGAUCCUAAGAGAGAAGACAUCAAUAAUGAAGGAAAUGCCCUCCGAAAUGAUUUCUAUGUGAAAACUUUUUCCUCACAUUCCUCAUUAGCUAAUUCUAUUGCAAAAGAUAUAAUAAAUUUUUUGAAUAAAAAUUCAUUUAUCGCUAAUGCAUUAAACUCUACUGCAGAAUUUGAAAAUCGACUCAAUUUAAUAAAUUCCGAAUUGUCUUUUGAAUUGUGGAAAGAGGCAGAAACAAUGAACUCUUUUUCAAAUAGUUCUAAAAAUUUCACUAAAGGAUACAAAUUACUACAACAAGAUUUGCCACGACCAUUAUAUGAAGCAGAAGAAAUAGAAAUUAUAAAACUACAAGAGGAAACAACUAUAAAAACUAUAAUCCAAAACGAUGGAGAAAUUACACCAACAAUAAAAAAUGACAAUAAAAAAUUUUUCUAUAAUUUAAAAAAUAAAUCAACAUUUGAAGAUUCAAUGGAAAAAGAAAUUGAAUUAAAGAAAAAUAUUUCUAAAAAUGAACUUCCAACUAAUUUUACUUCACCUAACACUUCAAUAAAUAAUCAAAUUAAUCUAUUUUUUCCUAAUAUGACUCUUUCUUCAUCUUCCAAGAUGCUUGUAAAUUUAGCUAUCAAUAUUGAAGAUAAAGGAUCUCCUUCAAAGUCUAUGUUUAGUUUUUCCCUUUCUAUGCCAACAGCAGAUGACACUAACAAUUUAACAUCAAAUAUUAAUAAUAGCCAUCAUCAAUCAGAACAAUUAAGAAAUAAAAAUUUAAUUGAUCAUGAUGAAAUUACAUUGACCUCACCAUCUGAAAUACAAACUUUAGCACCGCCAAUUUGGGCUGGUGGUGAAUGUGAGUGUUCUUGUCCCUGUAUGGAUAUUAAUGAUGAUGAUGAUGAUUCUUUAUGGCAAAGCUCUUCAACUACAUUAAUGACCGACAAAUAUUCAGUUCAAUCAUUCACUGAAAAAAUUGACUUGCAAACAACAACUGAUGUUCUUAAUUCUUCAGACAGCUCAACCGAGGAAAGUAAUUCAACACAUAAAUUUUAUCACUUAGAAUCCACUAGUGAGACAAACUGCUCUGGAAAUCCUAUGCCCUUUGAACCCACUAUAUUGAUUUUAGAAGGAGGAAAAACUUUUCCUGCAAGAUCAUUUCCACCUGAUGCUACAACUUUUGCUCAAAUCAGAAUUGGGCAGCGUCUCAACAAGCAAAUUGCACCCUACAGUUACUGGAAUAUGCAAUUUUACCAAUCAGAAGCAGCGUACGUUCGAUUCGACUACAAUAUUCCACGUGGUGCUAGUAUAGGUGUUUAUGCAAGGAGAAAUGCUCUACCAACGCAUACGCAAUACGAUCUUCUUGAAGUGUUGACUGGAUUUAAAGCUCGUACUACUCGAGCAUCUCAUCCCUCAAUGAAGAAGGAAGUAACACAUUACAUGGAACCUGGACACUGGUUUCUUUCAUUAUACAAUGACGAUGGAGAUCCUCAAGAAGUGUCGUUUAUUGCUGUGAUAGCUGAAGAUAUGACACAUAACUGUCCGAAUGGUUGCAGUGGUAAAGGAGAAUGUUUAUUAGGGCACUGUCAAUGCAAUCCAGGUUUUGGAGGUGAAGAUUGUAGUGAAAGUGUUUGCCCGGUUCUCUGCAGUCAACGAGGUGAAUAUAUCAAUGGCGAAUGUCAGUGUAAUCCAGGUUGGAAGGGAAAGGAAUGUUCCCUUCGCCAUGAUGAAUGUGAAGUUCCUGACUGUAAUGGACAUGGUCAUUGUAUUAAUGGAAAAUGUAAUUGUGUAAGAGGAUAUAAAGGGAAAUUCUGUGAAACAAUAGACUGCCCUCAUCCAACUUGUUCAGGACAUGGUUUUUGCGCUGAAGGAUCUUGUAUAUGUAAAAAAGGCUGGAAAGGUCCUGCUUGUAGCCAAAUGGACAAGGAAGCUUUACAGUGUUUGCCAGAUUGUAGCGGACACGGUAAUUUUGAUUUGGAAACACAAACUUGUCUUUGUGAACCAAAUUAUUCUGGAGAUGACUGCUCAAAAGAACUGUGCGAUCUAGAUUGUGGACUUCAUGGUCAUUGUGUGGAUAACGCUUGCGAUUGUCUACUCGGCUGGUCUGGUGAACUUUGCAAUCUUAAGCAAUGUGACUCACGAUGUAACGAACAUGGUCAAUGUAAAAAUGGCACAUGCCUUUGUGUAACAGGAUGGAAUGGUAAACACUGUACAAUGGAGGGUUGUCCUUAUUCAUGUUCUGGUCAUGGACAAUGUAAAGUGAACGCAGACGCUUUAUGGGAAUGUCGAUGUUACGAUGGUUGGGAUGGCAAAGAUUGUAGUGUUAUGCUUGAACAGAAUUGUAAUGAUGGUCGUGACAACGAUAAAGAUGGUCUUAUUGACUGUGCGGAUCCAGAAUGUUGUUCUAAUCACAUCUGUCGUAGUAGUCAACUUUGUGUUUCCGCUCCAAAUCCAAUUGAUGUCCUUCUUAGAAAACAGUCACCAGCUAUUACUGCUUCCUUUUUCGAAAAAAUGAAAUUUCUUAUAGAUGAGGGUAGUCUUCAAAACUAUGCUCGUCAAGAUACGUUUAAUGAAACAGUGUUCUGGAACCACUUCAAUACAAGUCGAUCAGCUGUUGUACGUGGUCAAGUGGUGACAUCUUUGGGAAUGAGCUUGAUGGGCGUUAGAGUUAGCACCACAACAACUUUAGAAGGAUUCACUUUAACGAGAGAUGAUGGAUGGUUUGAUAUUUUGGUUAAUGGUGGAGGUGCUGUAACUUUACAAUUUGGUCGCUCGCCUUUUAAACCACAAAGUCACAUUGUUUACGUUCCUUGGAAUGAGGUUGUCAUUAUAGACAAGGUUAUCAUGAGUACAUCCGAUGAGAAAACAUCUUUAUACAUGACUCAUACUUGUGCAGCACACGAUUAUGAUGUCAUGAAACCAGUGAUUCUUGCAACUUGGAAACAUGGAUUUCAAGGUGCUUGUCCGAAUAAAAGUGCAGUACUUGCAGAAUCUCAAGUUGUACAGGAAAGUUUACAAAUACCUGGAACUGGUUUAAAUCUUGUAUAUCAUAGUUCAAGAGCCGCUGGUUAUUUAUCAACAAUUCAAUUGCAAUUAACACCUGAUGUUAUAGCGCCAACAUUGAGUUUAAUUCAUUUGCGAAUAACAAUUGAGGGAAUUUUGUUUGAGAAAAUUUUUGAAGCCGAUCCAAUAAUAAAGUUUACAUACGCAUGGAAUAGAUUAAAUAUAUUUCGACAACGUGUUUAUGGUGUCACUACGGCUGUUAUUAAAGUUGGAUAUGAAUACAACGAUUGUAAAGACAUAAUAUGGGAUGUACAAACGACAAAAUUAAGUGGUCACGAUAUGUCUAUAUCGGAAAUUGGUGGUUGGAAUCUCGAUAUACAUCAUAGAUAUAAUUUUCACGAGGGUAUUCUUCAAAAGGGAGAUGGUUCUAAUAUUUAUUUGAAACACAAACCAAAAGUUAUAUUGACAACAAUGGGAGAUGGACAUCAACGACCACUUGAUUGUUCCGAUUGUGAUGGUCAAGCAUCGAAACAAAGAUUAUUGGCACCCGUUGCACUUGCAGCAGCAUCCGAUGGUUCAAUUUAUGUUGGAGAUUUUAAUUUAGUGAGAAAAAUUAAUGUUGAUGGAGUUGUUCAAACAAUUUUACGUCUAAAUGCUACUCGAGUCUCAUAUCGCUAUCACAUUGCAUUGAGUCCUUUGGAUGGAUCUCUGUAUAUAUCUGAUCCGGAAUCACAUCAAAUUAUUCGUGUACGUGAUACAUUGGGUGAUAAUAAUUCGGAUCCUAAUUGGGAGACAGUGGUUGGAUCAGGUGAACGAUGUUUACCUGGCGAUGAGGCGCAUUGCGGUGAUGGAGCACUUGCACGUGAUGCAAAACUUGCCUAUCCUAAAGGUGUUGCAGUUUCAGCUGACAAUAUUCUCUAUUUUGCCGACGGUACAAAUAUCCGAAUGGUUGACAAAGAUGGAAUAAUAACAACAGUGAUUGGUAAUCAUAUGCAUAAAUCACAUUGGAAACCAAUUCCCUGUGAAGGUACACUAAAUGUAGAAGAAGUUCAUCUACGAUGGCCCACUGAACUUUCUAUAAAUCCCCUUGACAAUUCUUUACAUAUAAUUGAUGAUCACAUGGUUUUGCAACUUGCACUCGAUGGUCGAGUAAAAGUUGUUGCCGGUAGACCAUUACAUUGUUCUUCUCCCUCAACAAGUUUUGAUUCAGAAUUAGCGACACACGCGACUCUUGUAAUGCCACAAAGCAUUGCUUUUGGUCCAUCUGGUGAUUUGUUCAUCGCUGAAAGUGAUUCACAAAGGAUAAAUAGAAUUCGAGUGAUUGGCACUGAUGGGAAAAUUUCUCUUUACGCCGGCGCUGAAUCAAAAUGUAAUUGUUUGGAGCAAGGUUGUGAUUGUUUUGAGGCCGAUCACUAUUUAGCAUUUACUGCUAAAUUUAAUACAAUUUCCUCUGUUGCCGUCUCACCAGACAGUAUCGUUCACAUUGGAGAUCAAGCCAACUAUAGAAUACGAUCAAUCAUGGCUAGUAUACCUGAUGCAAAUAUGAUAACAAAUGCAAAAGAAUAUGAAAUUUACUCACCCGAGACACAGGAAAUUUUCAUAUUCAAUAGAUUUGGUCAACAUAUUGCGACAAAAAAUAUUCUCACCGGCGAAAACAUUUAUCUAUUCACAUAUAAUGUCAAUACUAGUAAUGGAAAGUUGAACACAGUUACAGACACCGCUGGUAAUAAAGUAUUUCUUCUUAGAGAUAAUAGAGGACUUGUAAAUUCUAUUGAAAAUACUAAAGGUCAAAAAUGUAGAUUACGAAUGACUAAAAUGAAAAUGCUUCAUGAGCUUAGUACACCUGAUAAUUAUAAUGUGACUUUUGAUUAUUAUGAGCCAACUGGUUUACUUAAAAGUAAACUUGACAGUACAGGUAGAAGUUAUGUUUAUCAUUAUGAUGAAUUUGGUAGAUUAACACAUGCAAUAACGCCAACUGGAAGAAUAAUUAAUUUAACAUUUGAUCUUAAUUUAAAAGGUGCAACAGUUAAAGUUGUGCAAAAUAAUCGUAAACCAAUAUCAAUGUUAAUUAGAGGUUCCUCAGUAAUAACAAAAAUAGGUGAUGCAGAACGAAAGACAACUAUUCUUUCAGAUGGAAGUGUUGAAAGAAAUACACCAUGGUCACAUACAAUUAGUACUGAUACAAUGCCAUAUUCAAUAAUGGCAGAAAUUGAACCACUUUUAGGUGAAAGCUAUCCAGUUCCAGCGAAGCAAAGAACUGAAAUUGCCGGCGAUUUAGCAAAUAGAUUUGAAUGGAGAUACUUUUUAAGAAAAGUACAAGGUAAUAAUCAUCGUGGUAAUGCAAAAGUUAUUGCUCAAGUAGGAAGAAAAUUAAAGGUGAAUGGAGAAGUACUUUUAACAUUGGAAUACGAUAGAGAAACAAAUACAGUAGCAGUAUUUAUGGAUGAUAGAGUUGAAUUGCUUAAUGUAACUUAUGAUACCACUGCAAGACCCAUUAAAUGGAUUCCAAAGGGUGGUAUAUUUGCUGGUGUUGAAUUAGAAUAUGACAGAAAUAGUAGAUUAAUUAGUUGGACAUGGGGUGAUCUUAGUGAAACCUAUGGAUUUGAUCGUGAUGGAAGAUUAUUUGAAAUUAAAUACAGUGAUGGAACGUCCAUGAAUUAUGCAUUUAAAGAUAGAUUUAGUAGCCUUCCAUUAAAGGUGACAACACCACGUGGAAGUGAUUAUCUUCUUCAAUACGAUGAAGCUGGUGCACUUCAAUCACUCACAACUCCAAGAGGUCAUAUACAUGCAUUUUCACUUCAAACAUCGCUUGGAUUUUAUAAAUAUCAGUAUUAUUCACCGAUGAAUAGACAUCCUUAUGAAAUUUUAUACAAUGACGAUGGUCAAAUUCUUUCCAUAAUAUAUCCUCAUCAAAGUGGCAAAGUUGUCUUUGUUUAUGAUGUUAAUGGAAAGCUCGAAACUGCACUUGCUGGUGUUUCUUCUAUUCACUAUACCUAUCAAGAAUCAACUGGUUUGGUUCGCAGUAUUGAUGUUAAUGAACCAAAUUUUGAAAUGCGUUUUGAAUACAAAUACCACGCUGGUAUUGUUAAGGAUGAAAAAAUAAAGUUUAAUAGUAAAAGUGGUUUAAAUAAUGCUCACUAUCGUUAUCAAUACGAUGGCAAUGCUCGCAUUUCUGGAAUUGACGUUGACAUAAAUGGAAAACAACUUCAAUCAAUACGACUUAAAUACAAUCAAAAUUUAGGAGUUUUGGAAAGUGUUAAUGACUUGAGAAUUUACAGAAAUGUUUUUAAUCGAUCACUUAUGCAAGACAGUAGUAAACAAUUUUUCACUAUUACGGAUUAUGAUGAUCAUGGACGUGUCAAAACAAUUGUAAUGAAUGUUAGAUCAAUGGAUAUAUUUCGAAUGGAAUUGGAUUAUGAUAAUCGUAAUCGUAUUAAAAUGCGAAAAAUAACAUUGGGUAAAGAUUAUUUAGAGAAAAAUGAAUAUUCCAAAAUUGAAAAAAUCACCUACAAUGCUGAUGGACAUGUGCUUGAAGUUGCUGAUAAUGAAAAUAAUUGGCAAUAUGCAUAUGAUGAAAAUGGUAACAUUAUUGGAGUAACCGAACAAAAUGAAAAAAUUACUUUAGGAUAUGAUAGCGGAGAUCGUGUUGUUCAAUAUGGUGAUGUUGAAUUUAACUUGUAUGAUGAUAGAGGAUUCGUUGUAAUACGCGGGGAACAUAAAUAUAGAUAUAAUUCGCGAGGUCAAUUGAUUCACGCAUUGGAGCAUAAAAAAUUCCAAAUAUGGUACUUUUACGAUGAUCGUGGAAGAUUAAUAGCAUGGAAUGAUGAUCGAGAAAAUAUAACUCAAUUUUUCUACACAAAUCCAAAAACACCAGAUCUAAUAACACAUUUACAUUAUCCAAAAUUACAAAAAACAUUCCGCUUUUUGUAUGAUUCACGUGAUUUUCUAAUAACUGUCGAGACAUCAGAACAACGAUUUUAUGCCGUAACAGAUCAAAAUGGUUCGCCAAUGGCACUAUUCGAUAUAAAUGGCAAUCUCUACAAGGAAAUUGGUCGUACGCCAUUUGGUAAAAUAAUACGUGAUACAAAUCCAGAUUUUUAUCUACCAAUUGAUUUUCAUGGUGGUCUCGUUGAUCCAAAUACAAAAUUAUUAUAUCUCAAUAAAAGAUUGUACGAUCCAAUUGUUGGCCAAUGGAUGACACCAGCUUGGGAGCAAAUGGCCAAUAAAUUAACAACACCAACGGAUAUUUUUAUUUAUCGCUUUAAAAAUAACGAUCCAAUUAAUUUGAAACAGGACAUUGAAUAUAUGACAGAAUUGUCAAGUUGGUUAAAAUUAUAUGGCUAUGAAACAAAUCGUAUGCUCGGCUCGGAAUAUACAAAACAAAUGAUAUUUCAACCAAGCGCUACAGUGACAUCACCACAAUUAACACCUGAUUUUGGUGUUAUGUCUGGAUUACAGUGUAUUGCAAAUCGUGUUCAUGAUAAAUUUGCCGAUUUAGGAUUUAUUCCAAAACCAUUACUUAAACUUGAGCCAAAAACAAGAAAUUUAUUGCCAAGAGUUGCGCAUCGUCGCGCUGUUUUUGGUGAAGGUAUAUUAUUAUCACGUGCAAGUGGUCGUGCAUUGGUUAAUGUUGUCGAUGGUGUUAAUAGUGUUGUUCACGAUGUUGUUACUUCAGUAUUCAAUAAUUCAUAUUUUUUGCCACUUCAUUUUACAAUACACGAUCAGGAUGUAUUUUAUUUUAUAAAAGACAAUGCACUUAAAAUAAGAGACGAUAUGGAGGAAUUACGUCGUUUAGGUAGUAUGUUUAAUGUUUCAACACAUGAGACAACGGAACAUGGUUCGGGUACAUGGAAAGAAUUAAGGCUCUUUAAUUCAGAUGCAGCUGUUAUCAUUAAAUAUGGUGCUGAUCCUGAACAAGAACGUCAUAGAAUAUUGAAGCAUGCGCAUAAACGCGCCGUUGAACGCGCAUGGCAAAUUGAAAAACAAUUGGUUAUUGCCGAAUUUCAAGGACGUGGCGAUUGGUCAAAGGAAGAGAAAGAUGAAUUAAUAAGUCAUGGCGUUGUCGAUGGUUACGAGGGUGUUGACAUACACAGUGUUCAUCGUUAUCCCCAACUCGCCGAUGAUCCCGGUAAUGUUGCCUUUACACGUGACGCCAAACGUAAAAGGCGAAAAAGUGGAAACCGUCACAACAAAAAUCGAAAUCAUGAUUCUUGAUUUGAGAAAUUUCAAAUUGCCUAAAAAAAAACCGCCUUUUUAAACCAAAUGGCGCUAUUUUCAAAAAAAAAAAAAAAAUAAUAAAUAAGCACUCUUUAUCUUCGUUGAUUUAGAGCAGCACACAGCAUAAGUGCCAUAUUUUAUGAUUCCGUCGUAUUCUCGAAGAGAAAAAAACGAGCGGUUAUAUGCAGUGUCAAAAUUAAACUAGUCGCAUAUUAUAAUGAGGUAAUUAUUAUAAAUGCUUGUUAUUGAAAGAUGAUUGUUUUUUUUUUUCGUCGUCCAAAAAAGCGCGCGUCAUUCUGUUACAAGAUUGCUCACUCGCAAAAAACCAAUACUCCUGAACAGGGUCAUGGACUUGCGAUCAAUUAUUAAAAAGAAGAAAAAAAUUUUCUCAGAUGAGUGCAAGUGUUUGUCCAUAAAUGAGAGAGAUACACUCAACGAAGUCAAAGAAUCACAGAAAAUAUUUUUAACAAUUUAUAUGAAUAUAUUGAUGAGAACAUGUAGGUGAUUGUAAAUAUGCUAUUAAUGGGAAAAAAAAGUAGGUACUACAGCGAAUUCAGAUUGACUGAAACUAUCGAUAACGCUUUUUUAUAUAAAAAAAAAGAAUUUGUAUGUGUGAGUCCACUCAAUUAUAGAAAGAUUUUUUUUUACAAAGAAACGAAUGAAAACGAAUGUUAAUAGUUAAAAGUUGAAUUUUGACUAAUAACAAUCGUAAUCAUGUUUCUUAAAUGCAGAAUGAAAAAAUGUGUAAUGUCAAACUUACAUACAAAUGUAAAUACUUCGAUAUACAUAAUAGUAUACUAAAGAAUGUUAACAUGUAGUGCAUAUAUACAGUGGAAACGUAACUAAUUAUUCCAAAAAAAAAAAAAAAAAAAAAAUGAAUAGUUCUGUUACAUUCUGCUGUAUAAACACUAAAGUGUCCGUUAAAAUUGUUUUUUCGACAUUUUUUGAUGCAAUUAAAGAAUCAAUGUAGAAGAAUAUUUUCUAUAAAAUUUAACGAAACAAUCAAUUAAUGUUAACAAUUGAAUUGUAAUCGAUUUGAAUUUUUUUUCUCAAUAAAAAGAGCACAUUGAUUCGGAAAAAAAAAAAAAAUAAGAUGACAAAAAUUUCGUCAAGUAUUUUUCGUUCUCUAUAUUGCAUAAUAAAACAUUUUAAAGAAUUUUAUUAAAUAUUAAUUUUUUAAAUAAAUUUUCAUUUUUUGAUUUAUCAUUUGACGGAAUUUCUUUUUUAAACGAAUUUUUAUUUUUUAGAUUAUCGAAUAUUUUUUUGUCCAAAAUUACAAAUACCCUAACAAACAAUAAACAGAAAGAUUUUUGACGCAAUUUUCAAAAAUUCAUCAAUCAUAAAUUAUCAGAGAAAAUCGUGAUUGGCGAAUUUUUGUAAAUCGUGACAAAAUUUUUCUGUUGAUUGUUUAUUCGAUUAUUUGUAAUUUCGGACAAAUAAAAAUUCGUGGCGUUUUAAGAAUUUUACUGAAUUAAAAUUUGGUACCUAAAAAUUGUGUUUAAAAUUCUGUAAAAUCUCAACUGGAAAAAUGAAAAUUCGCCAAAAAAAAUAAUUAAA